AGCUCCUUUGACUCAAGUUUCGUCAAAAACUCUUCACAUUUUUCAUGAGUACCUGUAAUCCCUUGGCCGGUAAUCAGUGCGGUAGCCAUGGUGUAUGCUUCCAAGGAUUCAACACCAAUUUUUGCGUGUGUGAGAGGUGGUGGGAUGGUGAUCGCUGCGAGAGGCUAUCUGCGUAUUUUUGGAUCUGGAUGAGCGUGGGGAUAGCAGCAGUAUUGCUCGCCAUUGCUGCGUUCGUAGUUUACUGGCAGAGGUACCGCAAGCGCAAAGCGGCGGCUGCUGCUAAUCCGCGUCCCGUCGCCUAUGCUACAGCAUAUGCCUAUCCUACUGCUUCUAACGGAGUGGUAUAUAGUCAAGCUCAACCAGUGGUCAAUGGUCACAUGACAUCUACUGUUGGAAACCCUGUGGUCAAAUAUUAGGUCACGGUUGUGCUCCUCCCCCUCCUCCUCCUCUUUACCCUCCUUGGUGAGGAUUCUGUAUUAUCAGCCUUAAUGACGAACUUCAGCAACGAUCCUCGACUUUGGUCAUCCAGCAGUUAUAGUCGCGCAGACUACUGUAUCAAUAUCUUCUCGC